CAGGGUAAUUUGAAGGGCAAAAAAAAGACAAAAAAAGAGAUGAGGCUGACCCGUCUCGACCAGAUAACCUUGCGAACUGGAGUCGCUAUUAGAAUGUUAGUGAAAUGUUCGGAUAUGCUAGUGAUAUCAUUUGAAACUUACCACGCGCUACCAAUUGCGCCACAGCCCCAACUUGGUGCCAAUUUUCGGCGUCGACAGUACUGUAACAGUGUAAUUUACCACGCGCUACCAAUUGCGCCACAGCCCCAAUUUGGUGGAAUUUUUGCCGAUUUGAGGAAUUAUGAGCCUAUGACCCACUGA